CUUUUAGUCAUUCACACCCUAGAACCAUUUCAUUCAACCUUUUGAUUUUUAUAAAGUUUUGUUUAUAAAAGUCAGAUUCUAAAAUGCCAUUUUUACUGUAAGACAUAUUAAAUAAUAUAUAUUUUCAAACGGCAUAAAUACGAGAAGACCCAAAAGUCUUAACACCGAAGCGUAGACCGACUAAAAAAUCAUAAACGCAAAAAGUUCGUUUUCUUUUCUUUCUUUCAUCUUCUUCAAGCUCUUCUCUUGUUCUUCGUUUUCUCUUCAAUUUUUUGGGUUUUGAAUCUUUAUUUUUCAUCAUGUCUAAUGAAACCAAAGAUCUUAACAACUAUCACUAUACUUCAUCGUAUAAUCAUUACAACAACAUCAACAACCAAAAUAUUUUGAAUCUCCCUUACGUUUCUGGUCCAUCCACUUAUAAUGCAAACAUGAUCUCAUCACAAAUCGGCUACGAUCUACAGUUGAGUCCUCAAGGAGUGUACGAAUCGGGUUUCGAGCUCUCGCCAUCUUCCACCGAGUUUUUUAAUCCUUCGUUUGAUCAACAAAAUGAUUUUCACAAUGCGUUCAAUUAUAACACUAGUAACAAGAGUCAAGAAGUUGUUGGUAGCGGUGGUGCAAUCAUCGAGAGUGAAACUAGGAUUUCUGCAUCUCCUUCGAGUGAGGCCGAUCAUCAUCACGACGAAGAUUCCGGCAAGAGCCUGGGGGAAAGAGAAGCUGACGAUGGAGGAAAAUAUGAUCAACGUGCUCAGAAAGUAGUUAAAACAAAGAAGAAAGAGGAGAAGAAGCAAAGAGAGCCACGAGUUUCGUUCGUGACCAAGACCGAAGUUGAACAUCUCGAAGACGGCUAUCGUUGGAGGAAGUACGGCCAAAAAGCAGUCAAAAACAGUCCUUAUCCGAGGAGUUACUACAGAUGCACGACGCAAAAGUGCAACGUGAAGAAGAGAGUUGAAAGAUCGUACCAAGAUCCAACUGUCGUAAUCACAACAUAUGAAAGUCAACACAACCACCCGAUCCCGACCAGUCGCCGUUCCGCAUUGUUCUCUGGACCCGCCACGUCUAAUUAUAACUCUCCAGUUUCUGAUUUCAUCAUCAAUACUCCAAGAAGCUUCUCAAAUGAUGAUCUCCUCCGAGUGCCAUACGCUGCUGUGAAUGUAAACGCUAAUUAUCAGCAACAACAAAACCAAGAGUUUCAGAAUGACUAUGAGCUUUUGAAGGAUAUGUUUCCUUCAGUUUUCUUCAAGCAAGAACCUUAAAGAUAUAGUUGUACCAUUAUAUAGAAGCAAUAUGGAAUGCAUGAUAAGUGAUGGUGUUAUGUAACUUUGCAUGCAUAUAUGUAUACUUUUGAGACCAUAGGAUAUAAUUAAUGUUUAAUUGUUAGUCAUGGAUAUGGAGUCUCUUUAGAGCUAUUAAAAUAAACUUCUU